UCUCUAUCUCUCUCGGCUCCUCCGUGCCAGGCAGCGGCACCGCUUCCAUCUUCCCAUUCCCUUGCUUCCUUCCUCCUUCUUCCUCUUCUUCUUCGUGUGGUGGUCGCGUUUUCGUCUCCCUCCCUGGUACUCACUCUCACUCACUCACUCACUCUCACUCUCUCUUUCUCUCAUAAGCGCAGCGCUCUCGCAGAAACAACCACAUUAUUCGUGUCGUCUUCGUUGCUGCUGCUGCUCAGUUAUCCAUCGCCUUCUUCUUUUGUCUUUCCGCUUUGCCGGUGAUUGAUUAGUUCUGCUGCUGCUGCUUCCGCGUCCGCGUUUCUAUUUGUGUUCACGUGGAUGCCGUUUUCGCGCUCUAUCUCUCUCUCUCUCGCGCUCUCGCUCGCUCUUUUCUUCGUUUCAUGGAUCAUCAUCUGCUGACGCAGUCACGUUGUUAAGGUAAAGAGCUUUGGAGCGAUCUCCCCGCUCGGGUGGUGGUGUUGUUGGGGAUGCUGGAGCCGGUCCGUGUUGCCGGGGAGGUCUGUGGAGGGAUGUCGAGAGAAAUGGCGGAAUUGCCCUUGUGCUGGGGAGUCACGCCUCGUACAUGGCCGUAAACUGGGGUGGCCCUGUUCAUUGUUCACGCUUCUGGGGUUGUGUUUCUUUGUACACUUCCACAGUGACAGGGCAGCACAUUUCACACGCAGUUUUGGCUUGAGUAUGAACCGAAAGUGGAACGGGACAAAAAUGUGGUGUUGAGUGUGAGGUUGGGCUCAAAGUUGCGCUUGUGUAAUUGGGGAGUUCAAGGCGUUUGGGAGGCACACGGCACAGUGCACUUGAAAGUUGGGAAAAAAGGAAAUGUGAAGCAGCUGUGAUUUGAAGAGCAAGCCGCUUCUACGGAUAUUUCCUCGAAUCGUUACAUUUUACUGACUGCACGCUUCCUGAUAAGAUUCCUGUAUCCUCGAAAAUAACGUUCAUGUUUCUUGACAUUUCAGUUAGCUGCUCCUGAUAGCCUGGCGAACUUGUCAUGAACCUCAUUCCCUUUCUGCUUGCUACAACAUGAAUCUAGUCAUGGCAGACAAGGACCAGCCCGUGUUUCGAGACUUUUUAGGUCUUGACCGAAUCGAUGACAUCAACCAAGUGAAAUACCUCUCUUCAGAGAUGAUUCCUGCUUCGAGAAUCAGCUCGGGUUUCGAGUCUGAAGGCGACGGUGAGACGAAUAACACUCGAGCGUCAUCGGGAACAAGCGGUCGGUUCAAAUCUAAUUCCACUCCCAUACACGUCCUCCCUCCGUUUUACUCGACCGUUCCGAGCUCGUCUGAUCUUGGUUCAGUCGGCUGGCAGCGAGCCCAAGCAGUACCCCUUCAGUAUCAUGGCAACAAUAGUGCUUUCUCCAAGUUGAAAGCAGAUACAAACAAGUUGUCAAGAAAGAGGGACUCACCGACUAAUAGAGAUUCAUUACAAGAGCGCCUUGUUGAAGCAUUAGAGAGUUCUCGGCCACAGAAGGUUCAGGCACCUCGGCAUGAACACAUAAGACAGGAGAAGAUCGUCGAGACAAGUGAGGCAUCCGGUGACGAUCUCCGUCUUUCAAUGCAACCUCCUCGAGCAUCUAGUAGAAGCCCUCCUUGGUUGCAGCAGAGCACAAAACCUGAAGCUUCUCAACGGCCCGUAAAGAAACAUCAACCUUACAGACCCUCACAGAUCAAUACUGGUGUUGGUAUGCGAGGAAUUAGUCACCUGGGGGCUUGUGCUGAAAGAGCAGAGAGAACAGAUAGGACUCUCGUUGUGCCACCCCGGGAGAACAAUGUGGCUGGCAGUUCUCAACUGGAUCAACCAGCAGCUGACGAGGGUUCAAGAACAGGACUAAAACAUUCGGUUUUAGCAGGACUUCUCGAUAACGCUGGGCUUCUUCAUCAUGACCGAACUGCACCCUAUCCUGCGGGAUCUAGUGGUUGUCCUCCUCUCGCACCUCAGCAUCAAAAGUCACAAAAUCAGAAUGGAGGUUCAGAGUCUAUGAUUCCAUUGAGUCGCCAAGCUCCUUCUACAUCAAGUCGACAACUCACCAUCUUCUACGGAGGGCAAGCUCAUGUUUUUGACGACGUCCCCCCGGAUAAGGCGGACGCUAUCUUGACUCUGGCGGGCUCAAACGGGAGAUCAUGGUCGACAACCUGCUCGCCACGACCUGCGGCAAAGCCUACAACUUCCAUGAGCGAGGGUUCCAUGUCAGCUAUAGAGAGGGAGAAAGAACACUCCGUUCAAAGCUUAGGGGGGAGUCUGACUCUUUCAUCUGAGGUGCAAACUGUGUUGCGGGGUUUGAAGCAGUCUGGUUCCCUCACAGGCCGAUCUGCUUAAGUUUGAAUCUUCAUUUUGCUGCUGUUAACGCGCGAGCAGUGGUGGAUCAAUCUUCUGUUUAGCCUUCUGGCUCUAAUUUAAUUGGUGCAGAUACAGCGAUUUCUAGAUUUGUAGGGACGCAGUUGCUUCCUGAUUCUUGCAGCCGUUCGAUUAGACGGGUUUGGGGACAUAACAAACAGCACAUUAUUUUGGCCCUUUGUGCCUAGUGUCGUUUAAUAGUUUUUCCCCCCUGAAACCCAAGUGAGUAACUUGAAUUGUGGGGUAUGUGAAUUAGUAGAACUGAGAAUACUCUAGAAUUUGUCCAGCUAGAAACUAUCGUCAUUUCUUGUCACGACUUGCUUCAUAUGAAGAUCAAGUUCAUUUCCCUUCUGCAGCAGUUUGGAUAUCCCGAACUUGAGAGUAUGGUGGUGUAGGUAGGAGACAUGACUGCACAUGACGCUGAAGCUGAUGAUUCUCCAGCAGGUUCGUGUAAAUAUUGCUAGUUAUAUGUCUAGGUGAUCGAUGUGAAGUUGAACGGUUGAGCUCGUUAUUUUUCUUGGAAGCUAUUGAAGAUGUGCUCUGUGGUGAUGAUAAUUGAAUUUUGUACACAAGUGUUCUAGUCC